AGGGGCUGGCGGUGAUCGGGGAGGAUGGGGUCAAGUUCGCGGAGGACGGAUGGGGCUUGUGGAGCCAGGAGCGUGAGAGGCGGACGACCAAGUUCUGCAAGUUCUGAGGUGGAGAGCAUUGCUACUUGUUUAACGGCCCAUACAAGUUUCAAUGGGGACAAUCUCCAUAGAACUCCUCAUGCUGUCAUACCAGAAGUGGAAUUCCUCGAUCAAUUCUUUACAGUUCUAACCAUGGACCAUGAACUGGUGACAUUCAGGGAUGUGGUCAUCAGCUUCUCUCAGGAGGAGUGGGAAUAUCUGGAUUCUGCUCAGAGGGACUUGUACUGGGAUGUGAUGAUGGAAAAUUACAGCAACUUGGUCUCACUGGACUUGGAAUCCAAGUAUGACACAAAGACUUUAUCUGUAGAAAAGGACAUUCUUGAAAAAAAUAAUUCUCAGUGGGAAGUAAUAGAAAACAGUAAAUUAGUUGGCCUUCAGAAUUCCAUUUUUAGAAAUGAUUGGCAAAACAAAAGGAAGAUUGAAGUACAAAGACCUGAAGUGGGAUGUUUCAGUCAAAUAAAAAUCAUCUCUGAAAAGGUGCCCAGUUACAAAAAUCACAAAUUUCUUACAUUACAUCAGAGAUUUCAUGAUAGCAAGAAGCCCUUUGAAUAUAAGCAAUAUGGGAAGGUCCUUAGUUGUGAAUUAAGCGUUGAUGAAUAUGAGAAAAUACAUAGUGGUAAAAAAACCUCUGAAUGUAGUAAAUAUUGGGAAACCUUUGGAGUAGAUGACCCCCAUACCCUACAACUGAAUAUUCAUACUGGUGUGAAACCUUGUAAAUGUAUGGAAUGUGGGAACGUAUUUAGUUUUUAUGAAGACCUUAGUGUACACCGUGAUGAUCAGAAGUGCUAUAAAUGUAAGGAAUAUGGAAGGACUUUUAGAAGAACUGAAGAAAUCACUUCAUUUCAAAGAAUUGAUGAUUGUGAGAAACCACAUGAAUGCACUUUUUGUGGGAAAUCUUUUAGAGUGCAUGCACAACUUACUAGACAUCAGAAAAUCCAUACUGAUGAGAAACCUUACAAAUGUAUGGAAUGUGGCAAGGAUUUUCGAUUUCAUUCACAGCUAACCGAACAUCAGAGAAUUCAUACUGGUGAGAAACCAUACAAAUGUAUUCAAUGUGAGAAGGUCUUUAGAAUUAGUUCACAGCUUAUUGAACAUCAGAGAAUUCAUACUGGUGAAAAACCUUAUGCAUGUAAACAAUGUGGGAAGACUUUUGGAGUCUGUAGAGAACUUGCUCGACAUCAAAGAAUUCAUACUGGUAAGAAACCCUAUGAAUGCAAGGCAUGUGGAAAGGUCUUUAGAAAUAGUUCAUCCCUGACCAGACAUCAGAGAAUUCAUACUGGCGAGAAACCAUAUCAAUGUAAGGAAUGUGGGAAAGCGUUUGGAGUAGGUAGUGAACUUACUCGACAUCAGAGAAUUCACAGUGGUCAGAAACCUUAUGAAUGUAAAGAGUGUGGAAAGUUCUUUAGACUUACUUCAGCUCUUAUUCAACAUCAAAGAAUUCAUAGUGGUGAGAAACCAUAUGAAUGUAAGGUAUGUGAGAAGGCUUUUAGACACAGUUCAGCCCUUACUGAACAUCAGAGAAUUCAUACUGGAGAGAAACCCUAUGAAUGUAAAGCAUGUGGGAAGGCCUUUAGACAUAGUUCAUCCUUUACAAAACAUCAGAGAAUUCACAAUGGUAAGAAACCCUAUGAAUGUAAGGAAUGUGGUAAUGCUUAUAAACAAAACUUGAAUCUCCUUCAGCAUGAUCAAAUUCAUACUGGAGAGAAACUUUAUGAAUGUAAUGAGUGUGGAAAAACAUUUAGCCUGAAGCAAAACCUCACAGAGCAUAAGAAAAUGCAUACUGCAGAGAAAUCACAUGAAUGUACUGAAUGUGGUAAAGUGUUCUCUCGAGUCUCAUCCCUUACUCUACAUUUGAGAAGUCAUACAGGAAAGAAAUAUCAAUGUAAUAAAUGUGGAAAAGCCUUUAGCCAGAAAGGAAACUUGCUUACUCAUCAAAAACAUCAUACUGGAGAGAAACCUUAUGAAUGUGGGAAAGCUUCUAUUCAGAUGUCAAGCCUUAUUAAACACCAGAGAAAUCAUAUUGGAAACAAACCCUAUGCAUGUAAAGAAUGUGGCAAAGCCUUCAGUGGCAAAUCAUAUCUCUCUGAGCAUGAGAAAAUUCAUACAGGAGAGAAACCCUUUGAAUGUAACCAAUGUGGAAGAGCCUUCAGCCAGAAGCAAUACCUCGUCAAACAUCAGAAUAUCCAUAGUGGAAAGAAACCCUUUAAAUGUAAUGAGUGUGGAAAAGCCUUUAGCCAGAAAGAAAACCUCAUUAUCCAUCAAAGAAUUCAUACUGGAGAGAAACCUUAUGAAUGUAAAGGGUGUGGGAAAGCUUUCAUUCAGAAGUCAAGCCUCAUUAGACACCAGAGAAGUCACACAGGAGAGAAACCUUAUAUAUGUAAGGAAUGUGGAAAAGCCUUCAGUGGCAAAUCAAACCUCACUGAGCAUGAGAAAAUUCAUAUUGGAGAGAAACCCUAUAAGUGUAAUGAAUGUGGAACAAUCUUUAGGCAGAAGCAGUACCUCAUUAAACAUCACAAUAUUCAUACAGGAGAGAAACCCUAUGAAUGUAAUAAAUGUGGAAAAGCCUUCUCUCGAAUCACAUCACUUAUUGUACAUGUGAGAAUUCAUACAGGUGAUAAGCCUUAUGAAUGUAAAAUAUGUGGGAAAGCCUUCUGUCAAAGCUCAUCUCUUACUGUGCAUAUGAGAAGCCAUACAGGUGAGAAGCCCUAUGGUUGCAAUGAAUGUGGGAAAGCCUUCUCUCAGUUCUCAACUCUUGCUCUGCAUAUGAGAAUCCAUACUGGAGAAAAACCUUAUCAGUGUAAUGAAUGUGGGAAAGCUUUUAGCCAGAAGUCACAUCAUAUUAGACACCAGAGAAUUCAUACUCAUUAAAGCUCUAUGAAUCCAGUUAAAUGUGAGGAAUAUAGGAAAACCUUCAGACAUGACUCCCAGCUUACCACACAUCAGAUCAUCCAUACUGUUGAGAAACCCUAUGAGUGUAAGGAAUGUGGAAAGGCCUUUAGACAUCCCUCAAGACUCAGUCAUCAUCAGAAAAUUCAUUCUGGCAAGAAACCCUUUGAAUGUAAGGAAUGUGGGAAAACCUUUAUUUGUGGCUCAGACCUUACCCGACAUCACAGAAUUCACACUGGUGAGAAACCCUAUGAAUGUAAAGAGUGCGGGAAGGCCUUCAGCAGUGGCUCCAACUUCGCUCGACAUCAGAGAAUUCACACUGGUGAGAAGCCCUAUGAAUGUAAAGAAUGUGGGAAGGCCUUCAGUAGUGGCUCAAACUUUACUCAACAUCAGAGAAUUCAUACAGGGGAGAAACCCUAUGAAUGUAAGGAAUGUGGGAAUGCCUUUAGUCAAAGCUCGCAACUUAUUAAACAUCAGAGAAUCCACACGGGUGAGAAACCCUACGAAUGUAAGGAAUGUGAAAAGGCUUUUCGUUCUGGCUCAGACCUUACUCGACAUCAGAGAAUUCAUACUGGUGAGAAGCCCUAUGAAUGUAAGAUAUGUGGGAAAGCCUAUUCUCAGAGUUCACAACUUACUAGUCAUCAUAGAAUUCAUACUAGUGAGAAGGCCUAUGAAUACAGGGAAUGUGCAAAGACCUUUAAUUAUGACUCACAGCUGGUUCAACAUCAAAAUUUGUACUGGUGAUAAAACAUAGAAUAUACAAAAUUGUGCAAAAACUUCUGUUUACAGCUCAAAACUAUUUAACAUCAACUCAACAAAAGAGAAUUUAUCUUAAUAUUAAUCCCUCUGAAUAAAAUAAGAUAGAAACAUCUUUUUUGUUGACUACAGCUUGUUCAGCCCAGGAAAAAUCAUGUAGGAGAAAUACUCUAUGAGUAGAAUAUAUUUUGGAAGCCCUUUUAGUAAAACCUCCUACUUCUCAGUCUAGUAAAUAUUCAAAAUGACAAGAGCACUUCGUGCAUCUUUCUAACCUUAUCUGAAACAUCAGAGAAUACAUACAGAAAUGUAAUCCUGUAAUUUUCAUAUUCCCCCCAUUUUUCUUGUAGUUGUUAUAUUCUCAAUCUUUUAAUCCAUUAAAAUUUACAUGACUGUAAAGUCUUAUCUGUUUACAGCAUAGUUUGUAAAAUAUCUUUUAUUUUUAAGAUACUUCUAAUACCCAAGAGAAGUGACCUCUUUAUUUUUGAAGAUGGCUUACUGUUUUUACUCUUUACAAAACUUAGACUUUUCUUGUAAAACAUUCAUGAAUGACUUAACCACUCAGUAAAUAGAGAUCCUUUACUAUCCUUUCAGUGUUUCCUUGUGUUGCUGUAUCAUUUCAUCAAGUCCCUAUUGAUAGACAUUGUCAUUUCCUCCAGUUUUUGCCAUUAAUACACAGUGUCCUGGUGAACAUUCUCCCUAGGCGUAUUUUUGUAUUAUGUCUUAUUUUAAUUGCUGAAAUAAUGCAUAAGUAUAUUUUCACUAUAAUAGAUUGAAACAUUACAAAUAAGACCUUUGACUACUAUCCUUGUUCCCAUAUCGCUUCCUAAAGGAUAGUCUUUAUCUGUUUAGUAUUUAUUCUUCCUGAGCAUUUUUCUAUGUUUCUAUACAUAUAUUUCUUGGUAGAAAUGAUAAAAAUGGGAAUAAUAUAAUACCUACCUCAGAAUUCUGUGUGAGGAUCAAAUAAAGACACACAAAGUGCUUAGAAUUGUGCCUGUCCUAUAAUACAGACUGUUUGUUGUUAA